ACAUUGUGUUUCGGAGAGCGCACGAUUCUGACGCGCCGCGCUCUUCACACGUUCUCAACGUCAAGAAUGCGAGUCGCGUUUUAAUUUCAAUAUUUAUCACAUACACUAAGUGUUUUGUACAAAUUUAUUAGUAAAAGAUUUAUUGGUAAUUAUUUUUGUACUUUUCGAGUAGCAGCCAUGACCAAAGUUGUUCGAGUGUCUUGGUUAUUUUGAAUGUUUUCAAAUCGCGGAUACUUCGAAUGGACUCCAGUUUUAACGGUUCUCGGACCAAAAAUUCUGCAAAUAAAUUGGUAUGAUGGUGAACAGUGACUGCACAUUAAGGUGAAACGGGACGACAACCACUUACAAAAUGGUGGAGUCUCAAUUGUCGGACUCUUUCAAUCUAGACGGCAUCCUUAGUGAGCUCGGCAGCUUCGGGAAGUACCAGUUGCUAUUCUUACUACUGCUAUCAUUCAGAGAUUCCUUCCUGGCGAUGUGUAAUUUCAAUUAUGUAUUCACCGCUGAUGAAGUGAAGUUCAGAUGCGCAAUACCAGAAUGCGAUACACCAACUCCAAGUUUCAACGCUACCUGGACAUCAUUCGCGUUGCCGAACACAACCGAUACCUGCUACAGAAUGGCGCCUCUGCUAGAAGAUCGGUUCAAUAGAACAGGACAGAACGUGCAGUCGUUACCUAACAAAGCGGACCCACCGUACACCUGCAGCCCUGAGUACUUCGACGCGAACAGAACAUUGCGCUGCGAUAAACUAGUGUACGAGGAUUACAAUAGCAUUGUUGCUGAGUUUGACCUCGGCUGCGAACCUUGGAAGAGGACGAUGAUCGGAACAGUCCAUAACCUGGGAUUAGUCUUCUCGUUUAUCAUAUCCGGGAUCAUAUCCGACAGAUACGGCAGGAAGGUGAUAAUCGUUGGCACGCCACUGGUGGUCGGUGUGGUCGGGCUGGUCAAAUCGUUCUCAGUUAAAUACUGGAUGCUGCUCGUCCUCGAGUUCUUUGAGACGGCUUUUGGCUACGGAAAUGCUUCGAUGGUUUUGUCUCUAGAAAUGGUAAGCCAGAAACGCCGAGUCAUCUUUUCAUCAAUGUCAGAUGUCCUGUGCAGUCUAGGAAGCGCGUUUUUCGGGUUGAUAGCCUGGAUGGUGCCUUACUGGAGACAUCUCAUGUGGGCCAUAUACGCUCCCUUACUCGUGGUAGUUUUUUAUAUAUUCCUGAUCGACGAAGGCGUGAGAUGGUUACUGGUCCACAACAGGAAGGACGAGGCCGUCAGAGUCCUGCACAAAGUGGCCAAGUUUAAUAACAUAACACUCUCCAGUAAAGCUACAGACAUGAUGACUAAAAUAACAGAGAGGAACAAAACUAGUCAGACAGAGCCACCAGUUGAACAAGAGAGACUCCAUCUCCUUUCUCUUCUCAGUUCAAAGAAGAUCAUCAUUAGGGUGGCUAUCAUUUCGGUGUCGUUCAUCUGUUGCACCUACGUCUACAAUGGCACUAUCAUCACCUCGACCAGUGUACUCGGCAACAAGUACUUGAACUUCUCCGCUCUCCAUCUGGUGUCAAUCCCAACAAGACUGCUCACUGCGUACACCUUCACGAAGUUCGGAAGGAAAAUACCUAUUUGCGUCGCGUACUGUUUGUGCGCGGUCUUCUUCGUUGCUUCAGCGUUCGUCCCAAAAUCCUUCUACUGGGUCUCAACAUUGCUGUACUUAGCGGGUAGGAUGUGUAGUAGUUACGGAAUGUUCAGCAUGACCGUGGUAGCUAUGGAAGUAUUCCCUACUAAGUCAAGAAACUCUCUCACUAAUGUCGCCAACACCAUCGGCAGGAUUGGAUCUAUUUUAGCACCACAAGCACCAUUACUGGAAAAAUACAUGAGUGGUCUCUCGAGCAUCAUUUUUGGAAUAGUAUCUUUGGGACCAGCUUUACUAGCAUUCCUACUACCCGACACGAGUAAGGUUUCUCUACCAGACGACAUCACAGAAGCAGAAAACUUAGACGUACGGCCGGAAGAAUCUGACCCUACAUGUAGUGUUCCUGCAAGUGGGGAAUACAGGGAACGGUUUUGAGAUCACUACUCUUGUUUUAAGAUUGGUGCGAUCUUUGAAAGUAUACUUGAGGUGCAGCGAGUAUGCACAUGGAAUAGGAUUCGGUAUUGGUGGUAGCCCAUGCGUGUAGACAACAGUAUUUUACUCGUUUCUUCUCAAAAACUCAUAUUUCCUAACUUAAAUAGUUCGUUAAACGAAAAGCAAUAUAUAUGGAGAUCAUCUAACAUCUCCAGAUAGUAAUGACCUUCACAUUGCAUUGUCAUUCAAAUCUUCUUGUUCUUCUUUUUCUCCGCGUUAUCCCACUAGAUGAGGGUUGGCACAGCGAAUUUUUCUAUUCCAUACUCUUCUAUCAGCCGUCAUCUCAACACUCACUCCUC